AGCUGUCGGGAGGUGGGGUGGGCAGGGGCCAGGGCUCUGUUGGUGGCCCGGGGCAGCCAGUCCCUCUGCUCAGGGCUUCAGUUCCUCACACUCACAAGGGAAUCCCAGCGCUCUCCUCUGGAGGUCGCUGGAGGGCCUUGUGAGGUGGCCGUGGGCACUGUGGCCCCCAGGCACUGCAUUGUGGCCUGGGCGUGUUGGCCUUUGAGCCUUUGGCCUUGAGCACUUCCCCAUCCCCCAUGGCUCUUGGCCGUUGGGGCCCAGUUGGCCGCAGAGCCUUUGGCCUUGAGCACUUCCCCAGCCCCCAUGGCUCUUGGCCGUUGGGGCCCAGUUGGCCGCAGAGCCUUUGGCCUUGAGCACUUCCCCAGCCCCCAUGGCUCUUGGCCAUUGGACCCCAGUUGGCCACAGAGCCGCGGGCAGGUGGGACAGGCAGGCACUGGGUGCCUCCUUGCACCAGCCAGGCCCAGCAUGCAGAGUGGAGUGGGCCGGUCCCUCCUGCCAGGCAAAGGAAGGGGGCUUCGGGCCCCUCCCUGCUGUGGCCUCCUCCCCUCUGCUGCCUCCCACUAGGCCCUGGGAGACACUGCCUGCAGAUUUAUGAACUGACAGACCUAGAGAUUAGAGAUUCAAAAGCCAAAUUCUUACACAAUUCGAGUAUUAACGCAGAUUUGGAUUUAUAAUUUGGGACUCCAAGGUCUACCAAGUAAUUUGCUGUUUCAGCAGAAUAGCCCUUUUAAUUUGGGGUAUAUAUUUCUAACACUGUUUUUUAAAUAUGGAGAGUAAACAAAAUGGCCCAUUAUCUGACCACACAAAUACUAGUAGUCAUUAUAGAUAAACCAUAGCAGAUAAAUAAUAGUAAACAAAGCAACAGGCUGUGUCAUAGGAAAUCCCCACCAUGAAGAAAGGAGCAAGGUGGAAAGUUCUGGCUGCUUCAGAAAUAACAUCUGCUUUGCUGCCGAGCUCAGAGGAGACCCCAGACCCCUCCCGCAGCCAGAGGGCUGGAGCCUGCUCAGAGGUGCUUUGAAGGGUCUGUGACCUGAACCCCUGGGCUUCUGCCUCAGGCCUCCUGUGCUCUGCUCUCUGCCUGCUGGGUCCCCUCACCAGGCUUCUGUCUGUCUGGUUCCCAGGCUACCUGCCUGGAGGGUCACACCAGGAGGAUUUCAAACAGAGGAUCCCUGGGCUGCCCGGGGAAGCACCCAGGGCCAGGGAGUGUGACCCUGCAGGCUCCACACAGGACUGCCAGAGGCACACACCUGCUCUGUCUACCCGAGGGCACCAGAGGGCACGAGAAGGCUGGCUCCCUGGCACUGACACGUCAGGCAACUGAGGCACAAGGCUGGCAUUUCUGAACCUUGCCCCUCUGCGAACACAAGGGGGCGAUGGUGGCACUCCAAGCAAAGGGGCGUGUGGGUGCUGCAGGAGGAGCACAGAGCACUGGCGCCCCUCCCCUCCUGCCCUGCAGAUGCUGGAGGCCCCGCCUCUGCUGUUGGCAGCUGUGUUGCUGGGCCUGGUGCUGCUGGUGGUGCUGCUGCUGCUUCUGAGGCACUGGGGCUGGGGCCUGUGCCUUAUCGGCUGGAACGAGUUCGUCCUGCAGCCCAUCCACAACCUGCUCAUGGGUGACACCAAGGAGCAGCGCAUCCUGAACCACGUGCUGCAGCAUGCGGAGCCCGGGAACGCACAGAGCGUGCUGGAGGCCAUCGACACCUACUGCGAGCAGAAGGAGUGGGCCAUGAACGUGGGCGACAAGAAAGGCAAGAUCGUGGACGCCGUGAUUCAGGAGCACCAGCCCUCCGUGCUGCUGGAGCUGGGGGCCUACUGUGGCUACUCAGCUGUGCGCAUGGCCCGCCUGCUGUCACCAGGGGCGAGGCUGAUCACCAUCGAGAUCAACCCCGACUGUGCCGCCAUCACCCAGCGGAUGGUGGAUUUCGCUGGCGUGAAGGACAAGGUCACCCUUGUGGUUGGAGCGUCCCAGGACAUCAUCCCCCAGCUGAAGAAGAAGUAUGAUGUGGACACCCUGGACAUGGUCUUCCUCGACCACUGGAAGGACCGGUACCUGCCAGACACGCUUCUCUUGGAGGAAUGUGGCCUGCUGCGGAAGGGGACAGUGCUACUGGCUGACAACGUGAUCUGCCCAGGUGCGCCAGACUUCCUAGCACACGUGCGUGGGAGCAGCUGCUUUGAGUGCACACACUACCAAUCGUUCCUGGAAUACAGGGAGGUGGUGGACGGCCUGGAGAAGGCCAUCUACAAGGGCCCAGGCAGCGAAGCAGGGCCCUGACUGCCCCCCCGGCCCCCCUCUCAGGCUCUCUCACCCAGCCUGGUACUGAAGGUGCCAGACGUGCUCCUGCUGACCUUCUGCGGCUCCGGGCUGUGUCCUAAAUGCAAAGCACACCUCAGCCGAGGCCUGCGCCCUGACAUGCUAACCUCUCUGAACUGCAACACUGGAUUGUUCUUUUUUAAGACUCAAUCAUGACUUCUUUACUAACACUGGCUAGCUAUAUUAUCUUAUAUACUAAUAUCAUGUUUUAAAAAUAUAAAAUAGAAAUUAAGAAUCUAAA